GGCGCAUGCGCGCUCUGCUACCGGGUGGCGGCGGCGGCGGCUGCUGCUGCGCAUGCUCAGUCAGCGUGUGGACCGACAGGGGUUCUGAGCUACAAGGGAAGAGCCGCUAGGUACGCAGCAAAGAGCCACAUGGGGCUCGCGAGCAGCGGAAGAAAAUAAAAUGGGUCAUUGUUUUUCACUUGUUCCACUGCAGGGAUGUGCUUACUAGGUCAGCUAUCAAUUACCACACUUUACAAACAACACCAAAGCAUUUGGCUGCCUAGUGUAUUCAAGCUUCAUGCCGCCUUGGUUUCCGAUGCUCACGGUCUUAAGUAUGUUUUAUUAUAUUUGUCAACGGCGCCGGGCCAGGCUGGCUAGUAGAGGCGAAGUGAUCAACAGUCGCAGAGCCAUUAAAACAAACAUCCAUGCUUUACCAAUGUCCACUAAAGCUGUACAAUAUGCCAAAGAAGUACUUGAUUUUAGUUCUCACUACGGAAGUGAAAACAGCAUGUCUUACACUAUGUGGAAUUUAGCAGGCUCUCCCAAUGUGUAUCCCAGUUCUGGUGAUUUCACCCAGACCGCUGUGUUUAGAACUUAUGGAAAAUGGUGGCAUCAAUGUCCCAGUGCACCAACACCAUUCAAGAGGACAUCGCCCAGCUUUUUCAGUCAAGACUAUGUUGAGCUUGCAUUUGAAGAACCCGUUUAUCCAACUGCAGUUCAUGUCUUAGAGACCUACCAUCCUGGAUCUGUAGUAAAAAUUAUGGCUUGUUCUGCAAAUCCGUAUUCACAAAGCACUCCUGCAGAAGUAAGAUGGGAAACCAUUUGGUCUGCAGAACCCACAAGGGUAAAUUCCCCUCAGGCUCGUCAGUUCAAACCAUGCAUUAAAGAAAUCAAUUUUCCAACGAACCUUCUCCGUCUGGAGACAAAUAGUUCUCUUUUGGACUACUACACUGAACUGGAUGCAGUGGAAUUGCAUGGUGUCAAAGAGAAACCAAUGCAUUGUAUUAAAACAACCACUGUUGAUAUGAGCGAUUCAGAUGAGGACGAAUAUGAGGAUAAAGAUAGCUGUGGCCUUGACUGCCUUACUAAUCAGUUCAGUAGCACCAGUCUUAGAGAAUGGACAGAUAAUGGCUAUUUUGACAAACUGCCUUACGAGCUAAUUCAGUUAAUCAUAAGCCACCUAGCACUUCCAGAUCUGUGCCGACUCGCACAGACCUGCAAACUCCUGUAUCAGCAUUGCUGUGAUCCUCUGCAAUAUAUUCAUCUUAGUUUACAGCCUUAUUGGGCCAGUCUGAAUGAUACAUCACUGGAGUACUUGCUGCCACGAUGCACCCUUGUCCAGUGGCUGAAUUUAUCUUGGACCGGUAAUAGGGGUUUUAUCUCUACCUCAGGAUUCAGCAGGCUUUUAAAAGUGUGUGGCUCUGAACUAGUGCGCUUGGAUUUGGCCUGUGGCCACUUCUUAAAUGAAGCAUGCCUGGAAGUCAUUGCUGAGAUGUGUCCAAACCUUCAGGAAUUAAAUCUCUCCUCUUGUGAUAAGCUGCCACCUCAGGCUUUUAGCCAUAUUUCUAAACUCUGUGGAUUAAAGCGCCUUGUUCUCUAUCGCACAAAAAUAGAGCAAACAGCACUGUUAAGCAUCCUUAACUUCUGCCCAGAACUGCAGUACCUUAACCUUGGCAGCUGUGUAUUGAUUGAAGAUUAUGAUCUAGUAGCUGGGGUCAUUGGAGCCAAGUGCAAAAAACUGAGAUAUUUGGACCUGUGGAGAUGUAAAAACAUUACCGAGAGAGGAAUAGCUGAAUUGGCUUCUGGCUGCCUGCUCCUUGAAGAGCUUGAUCUUGGGUGGUGUCCUACAUUACAGAGUGCUACUGGAUGCUUUGUAAAUCUUGCACGGAAACUUCCAAGGUUGCAAAAGCUUUUUCUCACAGCUAACAGGUCUGUGUGUGACACUGACAUAGAGGAAUUAGCAGCUAAUUGUCAGAAUCUUCAGCAUCUAGAUAUAUUAGGUACAAGGAUGGUAAGUGCUGCAGCCUUACGGAAGUUGCUGGAGUCUUGUAAAGGACUUUCCUUGCUUGAUGUUUCUUUCUGUUCACAAAUUGAUAGCAGGGUUGUCCAAGAACUAACUUCCAGGUUUCCAAAUGUAUCCAUAAAAAAGAGUUUUACGCAGUGAAUGCUGCUCGUUACUCACAACCCAGUUCUUCCGGCUUUACGUUCUUGCGAGAUAAAUCUGCUGUCCUGGAAUCUGUAUGCCGUUUAAAAAAAAUAAUAAAAAAAAAGUGUAAUACAAAAUGUUUGCUGCUUGAGGACACAAUUCCCUCUAUUGAGUGCAAUUUUUAAAUAAACUUUUAUUUUAUUUUAUUUUGCUUGGAGGACGGAAGUUUCUUUUUUGAGCCAACUGUGGCAGGCACACUCAGAAGAAAAUACUUUAUUUUAGUACUUACGUUUUCUAGUUGGAUAUCAAUUGUUUAUUAUUCCAAAUAAAGGAAAUAAUAUUUUUUUUCCUA